AUGAUCCCAGCAAUCAGGCGAGUCAGCGGACCCAGCGUGGAGCGACCAGGGCGAAAACUAGCUUGCUGGGGAGGAAGUUGGGCUUCAAGAGUGCCGCGGGUGCGUCGUGCCACAAUUCUUUCCACGAGCUUGCGCGGGCAGCUGGUGAGGGCGACGGGCCGAAGCGGGGCGGGAAACAUUUGCCGGCUUCCCAGGCUUGAGGGGUGGGACAAUUGCAAUGCCCACUUUACGGGAAGCCGGAACGCCACCGUCGCCGAUGCUCCUGUUGAAUGCGGCCGCGAGUUCCUUGCAGGCGGCGAGGGGCAGUUGGCGCAGGGCCUCGCAGUGAAGCGCACCAAGCCCCGGCGCACUCCGGAGACGCAUCUCCCGCGAUGCAGCGCCAAGCUCCGCAAAGGGAAAUCAGACGUGGCGGCGCACACUCCCGCCAAGGUGCCGACGCGCUCCUUUGUGGCGGUCGGUUGGCCAUCCGCCGCCACAACCGGAAACUGGCGGGGCGCGGGCGUAGACUGCCCUGGCGAGGCCGCAGCGUGCCGCCUCCGCCGGCGCCGGCCGGGAGCACCGCUCCUUCCAGCGAGCAACCGCGACAUUGCGGAGACGCGUUCGUCGCCGCUCCAAGGCGGUCCGUUUCGGCGUCCAAAACGGUGGGCGUUUGGCCACCGCAUGAGGCACAGUGCGCUUCACUGCUCCGCGGACCACGACUGCAAACUGCCGAAUACCGCCGUGAGGCGGGCCCCCACUAAUCGACUCGCACAGAGCACGGCAACGUGA